GUGUAUAUUCGAGGGAAGAAAUAUGAUUGUCCUCCAGUGGGUAAUUCGAGCAUCACUAAUAUUACUGGCACUAGUGGCAUUACCCGUAGUGGUCGGAUCUUUGCUGCCCCUCCUCCGCUUCCUAAAGAGACCAAUAAAGAGGCUAGUACACAAGCAAAAGGAAAGCAAGUUGCUGUUGAUCCUCCUGUGACACGUAAUGCACAAGAUGCCGAGCAACUCUUGAAAAUCAUUAAGAAAAGUGAUUACAAAGUGAUUGACCAACUUGAUCAGACUCAAGCCAAGAUCUCCAUCUUGUCUCUCUUGGUACAUUCUGAAGCUCAUCGUGAUGCUCUGAUGAAAGUUCUGGCUUCCGCUCACGUAACUCAAGACAUUACCGUGCCUCAGUUUGAAGGGGUUGUGACCAACAUUGCUGCUGGUAAUUGUUUGGGUUUUUCUGAUGAUGAGCUUCCACCUGAGGGUAGAGCACACAACAAAGCGUUGCAUAUCUCCGUCAAGUGUCUGGAUGCUGUGUUGUCUCGAGUUCUGAUUGAUACUGGUUCUUCUCUUAAUGUGAUGCCCAAGACUACUUUGUUUAAGCUGAGUAUGGAUGGGAUUAUGAUGAGACCAUGCACCAUGAGUGUCAGAGCGUUUGAUGGCUCCAGAAGGUCCGUAGAAGGGGAAAUUGAUCUGCCUGUUUUGAUUGGCCCUCACAUGUUCUAUAUUGCCUUCUAUGUCAUGGAUAUAAGUCCUUCAUACACUUGCCUCUUGGGUCGUCCUUGGAUCCAUGCUCAGUUGCUUCGAGAGUAUGUUGACAUCUUCGCCUGGUCAUACGAAGACAUGCCUGGUUUAGACACGGACAUAGUCAUGCACAGGUUACCGCUCAAACCAGAAUGUCCGCCUGUAAAGCAAAAACCACGAAGAACUCGACCUGAUAUGGCUUUGAAAAUCAAGGAAGAAGUUGAAAAACAGUUGAAGGCUGGUUUCUUAUCUGUGUGUGAGUAUCCUCCUUGGAUUGCAAACAUAGUACCCGUUCCUAAGAAGGACGGAAAGGUACGCAUGUGUGUUGACUACCGAGAUUUGAAUAGGGCAAGUCCGAAGGAUGAUUUCCCUCUGCCUCAUAUUGAUGUGCUAGUCGACAACACUGCUCAGUAUUCGGUGUUCUCCUUCAUGGAUGGUUUUUCUGGCUAUAAUCAAAUAAAAAUGGCUCCUGAAGAUAUGACCAAGACUACUUUUACCACUCCGUGGGGUACGUAUUGUUAUAAGGUGAUGCCUUUUGGUCUUAAGAAUGCUGGUGCAACAUAUCAACGAGCUAUGGUGACCCUUUUCCAUGAUAUGAUCCAUAAGGAGAUUGAGGUGUAUGUCGACGAUAUGAUUGCAAAAUCCCAAACUGAGGAGGAACAUUUGAUAUAUCUUGAGAAACUGUUUGCUCGUUUGCGUAAAUUCAAGUUGAGGCUUAAUCCAAACAAGUGCACUUUCGGAGUGCGAUCUGGGAAAUUACUUGGAUUCAUUGUGAGCCAGCAAGGGAUUGAGGUCGACCCUGACAAAGUAAGAGCAAUACAGAAUAUGCCAGCACCAAAGAAUGAAAAAGAAGUUCGAGGGUUCCUUGGAAGAUUGAAUUACAUAGCCAGGUUCAUUUCUCAUCUCACUGAUACUUGUGAACCCAUCUUCAAACUGCUGCGCAAGAAUCAGGAUAUCAGUUGGGAUGAUCAUUGUCAAGAAGCUUUUGAGAAGAUUAAACAGUAUCUCCAAGAGCCGCCAAUUCUCAUGCCUCCGGUUCCUGGGAGGCCUCUUCUUAUGUACUUAACUGUGCUUGAAGGAUCUAUGGGGUGUGUGCUGGGCCAACAUGACGAGUCUGGUCGAAAAGAGUGCGCCAUUUAUUACCUGAGCAAAAAGUUUACCGAUUGUGAAUCCCGCUACUCACUACUCGAGAAAACUUGCUGUGCUUUGGUAUGGGCUGCUCGCCGACUGAGGCAGUAUAUGUUGACUCACACCACUCUAUUGAUCUCCAAAAUGGACCCGAUAAAGUACAUCUUUGAAAAGCCGGCUCUUACAGGGAGACUAGCCCGAUGGCAAAUGCUUUUAUCAGAAUACGACAUCCAGUAUGUCACACGGAAGGCCAUCAAAGGAAGUGUCCUUGCAGAUCAUCUUGCUCAUCAGCCAUUAGAAGAGUAUCAGUCAAUGAAGUUUGACUUUCCUGAUGAAGAUAUCAUGAGACUGGAUGAUAACGAAGGACCCGAACCAGGAGAGCGAUGGACUCUCACGUUCGAUGCUAGAAUAUGCUUUGAUUGCACAAACAAUGUCGCAGAAUACGAAGCUUGCAUAAUGGGUCUCGAAGCGGCCAUUGAUAUGAGGAUCAAGAUCCUUGAGGUGUAUGGGGAUUCUGCCUUGGUUAUACAUCAAGUGAGAGGUGAUUGGGAAACACGACAUCCCAAUUUAGUUCCUUAUAGGGACUAUAUCUUGGAGUUGUUGCCCGCUUUCGAGGAAAUCACUUUCAAUCACAUCCCCCGAGAGGAAAAUCAAUUGGCAGAUGCUUUGGCUACUUUGGCGGCUAUGUUCAGAGUUAGCUCCCCUAAAGAAGUACCAGACAUAACGAUCCUCCGUUACAAGGAACCUGCCCAUGUAUUCCCUGCUCAUUGUCUCACUACUGAAGAUGUGUAUGAUGAAAAGCCAUGGUAUUACGACAUCAAGAGGUAUGUUGAGAAGCAAGAGUAUCCCGAAGAUGCUACGAUUGGUGAUAAGCGAACGCUUCGAAGGUUAGCAUCCAAGUUCUUCUUGUCAGGAGACGUCCUGUACAAAAGAAACUAUGAUUCAGUUUUGCUCAGAUGCGUGGAUAGACACGAAGCGGAAUUGAUCAUGCGGGAAAUUCAUGAAGGAUCUUUUGGCACUCACUCCAAUGGACAUUCUAUGGCAAAAAAGAUCUUACGAGCAGGGUAUUAUUGGAUGACAAUCGAAAGUGAUUGUUCUUGGCCCUUUGCUAUGUGGGGCAUAGACAUGAUCGGACGGAUAGAGCCGCAAGCUUCGAAUGGACACAGAUUUAUUCUUGUUGCUAUCGACUACUUCACCAAAUGGGUUGAAGCUGCUUCUUACAAGAAUGUAACCAAGCAAGUCGUUACUCGCUUCAUCAAGAAAGAGAUCAUGUGCCGAUAUGGGGUUCCAAACAAGAUCAUCACUGAUAAUGGGUCCAAUCUUAAUAACAAGAUGAUGGCGGAGUUGUGUGAAGAGUUCAAGAUUGAACAUCACAAUUCAUCACCCUAUCGGCCAAAGAUGAAUGGCGCAGUUGAAGCUGCUAACAAGAAUAUAAAGAAGAUUCUUGUCUACGGUAUGGAGGCCGUACUACCUGUCGAAGUGGAAAUCCCUUCAUUGAGAGUCUUGAUGGACGCCAAACUCGAUGAAACGGAAUGGGUUCAAACGAGGCUUGAUCAUCUCAAUCUAAUUGAGGAGAAACGCUUAUCUGCUAUCUGCCAUGGCCAGUUGUACCAAAAGAGGAUCAAGAAAGCGUAUGACAAGAAGAUUCGGCCUCGAGAAUUCCACACAGGUGACCUAGUUGUAAGGAAGAUCUUGCCAAUUCACACAGAUCCAAGGGGCAAAUGGACCCCCAACUAUGAGGGACCAUACAUUGUGAAGAAAUCAUUUUCAGGUGGUGCUUUAAUCCUGACGAAGAUGGAUGGGGAAGACGUUCCGCUUCCAGUCAAUUCAGACUCAGUCAAAAAA